AUGGUGUAUGCGCGGACGGUGGAGACGGCGUUGUCACGAUCGCUCCGGCUCCGACCAGAGAACGCCCGUAUCCGCACACACACAUUCGUCGCUUACAAGGGGCUCAUGGAGGACGACGAUGACGACGCUGUUGCUCCAAAUGGCCGCGUGCUUGUGCCAAUUCACCCGUACUCGCAGCUCUGCCAACAUGCCGAUGGCGCCGCGCUGCUGAAAGUGAAGGGGCACCUGAAUCCCUUGAUUGAGGACAUUAUGGCGUAUUCACAGGACCUUCAAGAUGCCGAGGCUGCUGAGCGGGCGAAGGCGGCGCUGUGGGCGUGUGCACACGUUGGAUCGACACCGCACGGGCUCGCCAUCCUGCCCGAAUCAGUUCCAAAACUCAUCACGUCCAUCGCAGAACAGACCCCGAUUCUGUCGAUGCGAGGCGUGUGCAUGUUGGUGCUGUCUCUCUUUGGAUCGCACGCGAAAGGAGCAGCGAAACUGCACGAAAUCGGCUGGACGGUCGCAUCAAACAGCGAUGAAAGGUACAACAUCAGUCGCAUCUCAGUGGCGUUUCCCAAGUCUGUGUCGUCCAUCCUCAAGAAGCCGCCCAAGACGAAGAUUGAGACGUGGACAGCCGUCGCCCCGACCGUGGACGAAUACGCAACGAGCGAUGACCCGGCUGUUGUUGCGCUCAUGUCGAAGCUGGCGGCCAUCAGCAACGCCGUCCUCAACCGGAAAGUCAUGGCGGAGCUCAUCGCCCUCAAGCGCCAGGACACCGCGCUCUUCUCAAACCCGCACGCCUUCGUCCAGGCAUAUCGCAUGAUUGCGUUUGGCGAGUACAACCUGGCUGCCCGUCGUCAAAUCGACAGCUUGUUCCUCCUCGACACCUGCCUUGCAUCGCUUCCAACAACGCUCGAUCGCUUUGAACUGUCCAUUCGUAACAUGCGGCGAACACGGAGCGGUUCCCUCGCUGCGAUCACUGGCUCUCCCGUGUCUCCGACAAUCACUCGCCCAAGCACCGCCCCAACAGGAUCAACGCGAAG